UUUACUUUUUUAAAAGUCAAAAAUUGUUGUUUUUAAGACAUAGUUACUAUUGGAAGUAUCCUUAACAUGUGCCCUAAGUGCGCAUGUUAGCAUGACCCUUAUUUUAUUAUUAGGUAGUUUUUUAUUGGUUUUUCUAUUGAAUUGUAUAUUAUUCGGGAUAUAGUCACUAUACUUUUGACAAUUAGAAAACAAUAACUAUUUUUGUCAAAUAACUAGUUUCUUAUAUAUAUAUUAGCGAUCAAAUGGGGGAUUCACAAGAAAAUAACAAAGGAAAGAGUAGAGACAAAGAUAAUUAUGUAUCUUGGACUAUGGAGGAUACCAAUGAGUUGUUGCACCUCUUGGUGGAUGCUAUGAAUAGGGGAUUGCGUGAUGCCAAUGGGUCACUUAGCAAACAAAAUGUAGAACGAAUAAUACUUCCUCAACUCAAUGCAAAAACUAAAUUCCCUAAAACUUAUAGUCAUUAUUUGAGUCGGAUGAAGUGGUUUCGAAACCAGUAUAACAUGAUGUCAACCCUUAUGCGCAACAACUCUGGCUUUGGAUGGGACCCAAUUGGAAAAACUUUCACUGCUCAUGAGGAUGUAUGGAAAGAUUACUUAAAGUCCCACCCAAGUCACAGCAAACUUCGAGGAAAAAGUAUGGUUGAUUAUGAGUAUUUGAAGAUCGUUGUUGGGGGUGGAGUUUCUAGCGGGAAUAAUUCUAUAUCAGUCGAUCCAGAUGAUACUGAUGCAACAACUUUUGAGCCAGAAAAUAGAACUGUUGGGAUAGAAGAAUUUUCAUAUGAUCCUAAUAGUGAUACAUUCAUAACACCAAAUAACUAUGAACCAGCAUAUCAGCCUCCAUCACCAAACCAACCAAGUCCACCAUCCCACCCCCCUUUAGAUUCAGAGGUUCCCAUAGAAAAACAAAACUGUCACAAGCGAAGGAGAUCCGAGUAUGGAGGGAGUUCAAGCGCUGUUGGGAUCAACAAUCAAGGCAACGUUCUGGAAAAUCUUUCUGUUGGCAUUGGGACUAUUGCUGUGAAUUUUGAAAAAAUAUCCAACAUGAUGGAGAAAAGAGAAAAAGAUAGAGAUAGAGAUAGAGAGCUCGAGGGUAUUAUUUGGGAUGUUAUAAAAGAAAUUCCAAAUUUGGAUGACAUAACGCGUUUCAAGACAGCUGAAUUGUUAAAUACUAAAGCAAAAAAGGAUUUUUUCUUGAAGAUGUCACCGGAAGAACGCUCAUCUUGGAUAAACUUUAAGUUAGGGAAUAAUUAAUAUUUUGAUCAUCUAUUAUUAACAUAUUAUUUUAAACAUCGUGAGUUUGUUGAACUAUAUCUUUUGGGUCUCUAUUUUGGUUGAAGUAUUUGGUUUGUUUUUUGGUCGAACUAUUAUGGUUGUAUUUUGGUUGAAAUAUUUGGUUUGUUUUUUGGUCGAACUAUUAUGGUUGAAGUAUUUAGGUUAUAUAUUUUGUGAAAUUGUUGUGGUUAAACUUUAGUUAUAUUUAUUUUAUAUAUGAAUUUGUAUUAACUUUGAUAUUGACUUAUAACCAUGACCAUGACAUAAAGAACGAAGAAAUGGAUGGAGAUAUAUAUAAUGAAGAUACAAAUGAUGAAGAUAUAGAUGACGAGGAAACAAAUGAAGAAUUUUAUGAAGCCACAUACACAUAUGUGAUGGCAAUUUAUGCUUUAAUAGAUAUAUUAAAUCAGUUUUUGAAUAUGAUGCGUGGUGAACAUAUUGAACGUCCAUUAACUCGACGACAAAUUACUAGUCGGGGAUAUGACUAUAUACACAAAGCAUUAAACGAUGAUCCUGCAAUCUUUCGACAAGUAUAUAGGAUGUAUCCUGAUGUAUUUCGAAAGUUGUGCACGAUUAUAAGAGAAAAAACACCUUUGGAGGAUACAAGAUUUAUUUGUGUUGAAGAAAUGCUUGCAUCAUUCCUACAGAUUGUCGGCCAGAACACUCGAUAUUGUGUAAUCCGCAAUACAUUUGGCCGAUCACAAUUUGCUACAAGUGAAAAUUUUCACAAGAUUUUGAAAGCUCUGAACUCAUUAGCACCUGAUUUAAUGGUUAGACCAGGCUCAACUGUGCCUGCAAAAAUAAGGGAAAGCACAAGGUUUUAUCCUUAUUUUAAGGUAUGUGAUCAUUAUCUAAUUAUAACAAAAUUAUAAUUAUAAUUGUGAUUAUUAUAAUAAUAUUUAUGAUUAUUGAUACACA